ACCAAAUAUACGUGUCUCACUAUUUGAACAUAACCUUAAAUAAAUCUUAUUUAUGUUGAUUUUCAUGCUGGACAAUUGAUCUGUAUCAAGAUGUGUAGCGUUGGCGAUGAUAAUUUGGAGGAGAAGACGUCCAAGUACAUGGAACCAGUUCCAAAGUUCAAAUUGGACGACAACAAAUGCAACAAGUGCCGAGCGUCAACACCGUGUAUAGUUUUAAGGGGUAAAGAUGCCUAUUGUCAAGCUUGUUUCCUUUCUGGAACCACGCACAAGUUUAAAGCGUUUUUGGGUAAACAUAGAUUCGUCUACCCAAAUGAUAAAGUGUUGGUGUAUCACACUGAGGGACAUCCAAGCACUUCCCUGUUACAUUUCCUGAGAUCUGGCCUGGACUUGUCAACACCAAAGAAGUUGAGAUUUGAACCAAUUGUCAUUUACAUUGAAGACAAAAUUGAUCUAAGCUCAGAAGAACGAAGUGAUGCUGCUGAGUUUAUCAGAAAACAGGUUGAAGAGUACAAGUUUCCCUUGCACUACAUUUCCCUUUGUGAUUGUGUGAAGAAAAAUAAUAAAGUUGCAGAGUGUCUGGUUGAUGAUAUAUCUAAACUUUCUAUUGGGGACAAUGAUAAAGAAAACUUAAAUCAAGUACUCAAUUCCAAAGCCAAUACAACUAACAAAAGGGAUAUACUUAAAAUCUACAAAAAAACAAUUCUCAUUGAGGCUGCAAAACAUCUAGGAUGUAAAGUGGUCUUCACGCCUGAAUUGGGCAUCGAUAUAGCCUCACAACUGUUGACCAACGUUUCUUUGGGUCGUGGCAUUCACCUUGCACUGGAUGUGGGCAUAUGCGACAAUCGCGAUGAAGAUGUAAAGAUUGUGAGACCGCUCAGGCAUUUUGAAAUUAAAGAGUUAGCUAUGUACAAUCACUUUAACCGCUUGGAAGUGGUGGCAAAGAAAGAGAAACUGGAAAAUAUCUACAGCAGUGUGCAGAGUCUCAUGAAGAAUUUCGUUGGAGGAUUGCAGAACAAUUUUCCGGCAACGAUAACUACAAUAGUUAGGACUGGUGAUAAGUUGGCCAUGGAGAAGAGCCUCGAGGACAAUCCCAGAUGCGUUUUGUGUCGUGGACCGCAGGAGAACCGUAACGAGGAGCUGACGUCUGCCGAGUCGACGAGCUUCUCUCACUGGGUCUCCACACGUUCACCUCAAUACUCUAUGACGCCUGUGGAAAGAUACGAAAAAUCUUUAGAAUCCUUCAGCGUCGCCGGGGAUUCCCCUUACUGCUUCGCCUGUGAACGUCUGAGCCAUGAUUUAGUAGUUUCUUAGAGUAAAUGUUUUUGAUCGCGGCGCGGAAUGUCUGUAGAGUGUGUAGACGGAUGGGUGGAUCAUCAUCGUCGUGAUGAUCAAUUGGUG